CAUUUCAUUUAUUUAUUUUUAACCAGAUCAUAGUAAUUCAGAGGUCCCACGGCACCUGAAAAGUAGGCUGUACAAGUAGGUUAAAGCAUGAAGCUUUGCUGCCUGGUCCAAAUCUUCUCUCUUCCACAGCCUAAAUUCCCGCCUUUUUCCUUUCUUCCCUCUGCCAUAACCCCCUCCCUUCUCGCUUCCAAUCUCUCCUUGCGUCAUUGUUUUCAAUGGAGCAUCCUCCCCGGUUGCAUUACCUUCUUUCGGAGGAGAAGGGGAGCGGUGGGGGCUUGUGGAGGCGUGUGCAGCGCCGACCAAUUACAGCCCGCCUUGGCCGCCGGACCGCACAUGUUUACAGGCAGCAUUCCGCCGGUAGAGUCCCCGCUCGGUCUGAGGUGACGGCGGACUGGAUGCGGCAGUAGUCGGAGCCGGAGCCGGUUAACGGUCAAAUUUCAAUCUUUUGUAAUACAUACGGCGAGGUGUCGGGGUACAGAGCCGUGUGGGGCGGAACAAUUCGACGUGCUGGCUCCCGUGCCUCUAUGCUCAACCCGUUUCCCCUGUAUUAGCCACCAUUUUUACUUAAUCGUGUACAAGUGUCGUCUCGGCUCACGACUACGGCGAUUAGUCCGCGUUUUCCCGCCGCCCCCUCAGCUCGCAGGGAGCAGAGAGGAAAACAAACAGGUCGAACGGAGGAAGAUUGGUAGCCGGUUGGAUGUAGAGGUUGUUUAGCGGCGAAUGAAUUGUAGUCGUCGGCUACUAAUUCAGAGCUGGUCGGUUUCUUGUUUCUUUUUUUUACGGGGUGCUUGUGUGCGGUGCAUUCCGGACGCUUUUUGGAGUUUCCCCCUCCUCCGAGUAUGUUGCCCCUUUCUAACAUUUUGUCAGGGCUGUUGGAGCGCGUAGUCUACCCGCUGCAGUUUUGUGUCUUUCACGACGCUGUUUACCGGCUAUAAUUCGACAGUUAAUGAUUUAAUUUUACCGGCUCGCCGGCUCAGAAUACAGUGAAACAGUUUUUAGAGAUGCAUACGAGGCGCCUGGUGAAGCGCUCGGUCCUCGGCAGCCGCGUUUAUGCGCCGAGUCCGACGGGGGACGGUGCCCCGGUGACAGGAGUGGUCCAGGCUGUCAAGCAGGAAAACAGAGACUUGUCGGCCGCGGGAGCCCGGCGAAGCGUCUACACCGUGCUCAUGCAAGACGGGAGCCUCAAGGAGUUCUUCGAGGAGGAGAUAGCCUCGGGCUUCAACCACACCGCAGCCAAAGGACCGCUCAAGUCCAGCCUGAAGCAGAGCUCCAGUAACGGAGCUCCAGAUGGCCAGAAGGUGGAGGGCAGCUGUCUGAGCCCAGAGCCAGCGGAGGAGCAGCGUUCAACGGACGGAAAACGUGUUAGCCGGGACUCUGACACCCGAUCGGUGUCCCUGCUGGAGCAGAAACGCAAAGUAGUCUCCUCCAGCAUUGACGUCCCCCACGCCAGGCGGUCGGAGGAGGAAGUGGAUAUGGACAAAGUGACGGCCGCUAUGGUACUGACGAGCCUCUCUACCAGCCCGCUGGUGAGGAGCCCACCUGUGAGAGUCAGUGAGGGUCUGAGUGGAUCAUGGAAAGACAACGGCUCGGCCGGACCCUUCACCCCAUCGAGCAACAGCUCCUCGGGGGGCUACUGGAGCUGGUCUGCUCCGAGCGAUCAGUCCAACCCAUCCACACCAUCCCCACCGCUCUCUGCAGACAGCUUCAAGCCCUUCCGUGUACCCAGCCUGGGAGGGGUGGGGCCUGGCCCCGCAGGACCUGAAGACCCCAUUCUGGAUGAGCAGGACGGGAGCAGCCUGCUUUUCGAUGAGCCCAUCCCUCGCAAGCGCAAGAACUCCAUGAAGGUGAUGUUCAAGUGCCUGUGGAAGAACUGCGGCAAGGUGCUGAGUACUGCCGCUGGCAUUCAGAGACACAUCCGCACCAUCCACCUGGGUCGUAACUGUGACUCAGACUGCAGCGAUGGCGAGGAGGACUUCUACUACACGGAGAUUAAGCUGAACACGGACUCGGUGGCCGACGGGCUGAGCAGCCUGUCCCCAGCUUCGCCCUCUGUCCUGUCUCCCCCGCCUCCUCCCCCGUCUCCUCUCCCCUCUGUCAGCCAGCUGCCAGACUCCCAUAAACCGACGCAGCCCUCUGACACCAAGGAGCCCCACGCCGGCGGCACCACGCCGCUCAGCCGCUCUGCACCCAGCGCUCUCUACCUCAUCCACACGGACCAUGCCUACCAGGCCACGGCUCCAGUGUCCAUCCCGUCCAGCAGCAGCAACAACUCGGCCGGCUCGGCGUCCACCAGCUUCACUCCCACCAACAGCUCCAGUUUCAGCAUCUCUUGGCAGUCGCCACCCGUCACUUUCACCGGGACCACGGUGUCUCCCAGUAAGAGCCAAGGAUUUGGUGACCAACGUUCCCAGACCAUUGCAGUGCUUUCGUCCCCUCCCAGAGCCACCGCUGCCCUCAGUCGGAAGGUGCGUGGCGAGGGGAAGAAGUGCCGUAAGGUGUACGGGAUGGAGAACCGCGACAUGUGGUGCACCGCGUGCCGCUGGAAGAAGGCCUGCCAGAGAUUCACUGACUGAUCGUCCCCCGCAGCUCGCCAGACAAACAGGCACUGCAGUUUUCCAGCUGAGGAAAACAAGGGGGAAAGUGGGGGGGAGCGUCAUCCUGCAUGCAUUCGGUUUUCUUCAGAUCAACAUCGCAACUGUCCGUCAAGCUAUGGCCCCGCCCUCGUUCUCCGGCUCCGCCCACACCCCACCCAACCUCGUCAGCUCCACUGAACCAUUCCAGCUGUGGAAGCAACCGCAGGACGGCAGAGUCACCUUUCACAUCGCCGUCCGGGAUUCCCAGCGUGGGCUCGCCAUUCCCUUCUUUCCCAGUUUUUGGGAAAACCUUGGUGCAGCUAAACAGUGUAAAGAAAAAAAAAAGAUUUCUGCAGUUUUUUUUGUUUUCUUUUUUUAAUGUUGGGUUCAGUGUUGCAUCUUUCUAUGUUUUGUACAGCUCUGGUUUUUAAAUGAAAGUCUUGUCAAAGAAGGGGGUCGAGAAAAAUUCCAAAAGAUUUUUUUUUUUAAGUGUGUGUGUUUUCUCAAAAGAUUAGAGGAAAAAACACUUUUUUUAUCCAAAAGAAGAAGGGAACUCUCUGAAGUCCGUUUGAAGAAAGCUAUGAAAAGCACGCGGAGGUAAAGCUUGCAGUUUUUGUUCUUCCUUCGACUCGUUCGUCCCUUUGUAUCCAAUUCUGGACUUUGAGGUGAUCUUUUAUCACCAACAUCCCGGUCCCUCACGCCUCCCGGACAGCCCCGAGGGAAUGCAUGUGUGGCAUAGCCGGGAAGGGGUGGUGGACGGUCGGAAAGGAGGAGGAAGACACACACACACAUGUACACACACACGAGAUGAAUGACCAAUGCAAAAAAAAAAAAAAAAAAAAAAAAACACAAUAAAGCAGAAGAUCCAACUUACAGUCAGGGAAAGCUGAUGGACCAUACGAGUGAUCUACACACAAACACGGUUUCUUCUCACACAAUCAAAAGCAGAUCACGUCGACUUCUAUCCGUUGUUUCUUUGCUUUAUCAGGGAUGUGAUUCUGAAGAGAGCAAAAAAAACCAGCAGCUUAAACUGUAUGCAGCACUAUCUCAACAGCUUCUAUCUUUCAUGACAACUUUGCAACCAAAAACUUUAUCCUGUCCUUCACGUUUUGUUUGGUUUUUUUGGUUAAGGUGCCAUGUUUAGUGUAGUCGGUGUCAUUUAUUUCUUUUUCUUUUUUUUGGGUGAAACUAAGAUUGUUUACCUACCUGCUACUACAAUGUGUGUUAAAGACCCUCCUCAUAGCACUGGAAGUCAGCAGCAUGCGACGCCAUUAAACGUUCAACACAAUCGCCCUCCUCCACCAACUUUUACUCCAACAAAUUAAGUUUGUGUUUACAUUCGCCACAAAGGCGCCUCCCGAUGACCUGAUAUCCAAAAGAAGGGAGGGCUGAAAACCCAAAGUGAGAUACUUUUUGUGUAACAGAGUUCCUUUGUGGUCCCUUUUAAAAAGCUGGACGUGUUUCCGCGUCGUCUCCUGACUGGACGUUACAGAAAGAGUAAUAAUAUUUGUCCGCCCGCCUGCGGCUGCUCCCCCUUAAAUUCUCUGCAGCAAGCUUUUGUUUUCAUUUUUGGGAGAGCAAAGCGGCACUUAAUUAAGUCACUCCUUUGGCGUUUGACUUAAUUCACUCGGCACGCAAAGCUUUGGCUCACAAGAGUCCGUGUGAUUGGCUGCUGAGGUGAGAGGAGGUUGAAAUGCGGUUAUCUAGUUUGAAUUCCAGCCUCCUUUCUUCUGCCUCAAAGCCAGGAAACAGAAUCACGAGGCCCGAGCGUUUACGAACGCGGACCAACUCUUUCGAUCUGCUUUCUAAGAUCGUCCUGAAAGCCUCGACCUUUUUUGGGAGGGUUUCUGUCAAACACACUCUCUCACACACACUCGCGCACAAAGAGGCUUCAUCAGAGUUACUAAAAACCAACACCAGCUGAUAAACUCACACACGCUCGUCCAGUUUAAGCGCCUGAAAGUUGUGGCGCUCUCUUACGUUUGAUCAGCUGCUUAUAGUUUGUUCCUGUAUUCUGUAUAUAUUUGUUUUCCUUUUACGCUCCUUUUUCGUUUUAAUGACCGCCGACCUCGGUCAUCACAAAUGCCACCUUAUGAACGAGCCGUGCUUUUGUUGUCCCCGCUGUAGGCGCAGCCUUCAAGUCACUCUUUGAAAGGCCAUUGUGCUCCUUCUGUGUCAUUACAGUGAGGUUUUGGUAUCAUGUGAACAUGUUACUGUUUAAGUCAAAUCUAUUAUCUGGAAAGAAACAGUUGCGUUCAAAACUAAAAAAAUGAAACUAAUUUGUUUUUUUUGUUUUUUUAAUUUUCAUACAUAUGAAUAUACACAUCCAUAUAUAUAUAUAUGAAGUGUUUAUGAUUUUUGUUUUCAUGUUCUGCUGAGGGAGACUCUUAUGUGGCGUCAUCGUCUUCAUAAACUAAGCUCGUUAGGCUCUUUUGAGUGAGCGUGACCCUCACGUUCCCGCCUGGAGCUCCUUCACGUUAACGCUCUCCACUGCCGGCGCUGGGUCAAAAACUGCAGUUGAUUAAAACCUUUAUCAUAUUUCCAAUUCUGCCACUCCGCCACCCCCAUCUUUCCCCGCCCGUGUCACGCAGGCCCGCCUGCAAUUAGCUUGAUUGACACCUCAGUGUGUUUGCGCCCGUGUGUACGCUCGCUGGCUCUUGUGUGUGAACUCUGAAGGAGCCCCAGGCGAAGCGCGUGUGGGGGGGGUGCUGCUGAAGCUCGAUGCCCCUGCACUCCCCUGAAGCGUCUAAUGGCCCGUGGCGUUUCUCUGUCUCGUCCACUCCUGAUUUGCCCGCACUGGGGUUUAAGGAUGUUUUAGUUGAGGCUGAAUGGGGCUUCUCCGUCUCAGCGUCUGGAUCAUUUUCCUCCACUGAUGUUUAAAAUAUAUUUAUAUAUAUUCGGCAGCCAAUCGGAUUCAGUCAGGGUCCUGUCCAGAAACAAGUCCCUUCAGUAGUUCAGAUCAUUCAGAGCACUGGAUAAUUACAGUGGCAGCAUUUCCAGGCAGCUAGUUUUUUCUCUCUCUGGGUUGUCGAGCCGAUCUCAUGGCUGACAAUAAGAUUUGGCCAAAAUAAGCUCAUCUCACUCCCUCGCUUAGAGGUGAUCCAAAAAAAAAUUACCUCAAAGAUAUAUUUGCUGCCAUAUUUCCGAAACCCGUCCAUCCCCUCUUGGAUCGUGGGGAAGCUCGAUGGGAUUUGUUUUGUGGACCGUGGCCCGAUCUGAGAACAUCUCGAUGGCCCAAACAUGGCCUCGGCGUGACGGUGCUUUCAGAGACACUCUGCCAGGGUUUGUCUUUGCAUGCUGUACGUCCUGGUGCCCUCGGCGGGAGGAGAAACAGAGGUGCUAAACACUCAACGCAGUGCUGUUUCUCCAUUAACUCCAUUUUGUAAACAUUGUUUUGCUGUAGAACAUGAAAAUAAAAUAAAAAAAACCCCACCCGAAAAACAAACAAACAAAAAUACACAGUUGUUUUUUUUAAUGCUUUUAUUUUGGUGACUUCUAUUGAUGACCGUUUCCUCGUAUCUGCUGCUCAGCCCUGUGAAUAGAUGGAAAACACCAGCAGAAUAUUAAAUCGGCUUAUUUUCUAUUUCACAUUGAAUCUGAGCUCUUAUGUUCAAGCUUGGAAGUUAUUUUCUGUAACAACAAAGGGCUUCAGAAUAACAGCUGAUAAAAUAUGCUCGAAUCACAGUUCAUGUACUCACUGGUCCUUGAGCUUUCAGUCUUCAUCAGCAGGUUCAGUUUUCAUUGAACUGCAGAUCUUUGAACUGAAUUUGAUUUUUCUCAUUUUAUUUCAGCUGUGCAGUCUCGGUCUGCUCGAGUCUGAACUUCAAAACUUACUCAAAAGAAUCAAAUAUUCACCGUGCAGGAGGGCUCGUUUCAUAACAGUCUAAUAAUUGGUUCAUUAAUAAUCACCACAGCUGGUAAAAUUAGGACUAAUGGGAACUAAGUUACAAACUUAUGGGUUGUAAAGUAACUUAAAAUGGGAAUUAAGUGAAUAAAGUGGACCUGUUGUGUUCUUUUCUUAUUUUUGUCACAUAUACUUUUGCAGUUAUAUUAAAAUAAUCAGACUAACAAAUGUGAUCCCAGCCAACCAGAAGCUCAGGCUUCAGAAGACAGAAGCCCCACCCACCAGCUGUUAAAAUAUGCUGCUUGUGAGGGGCAGCCAAUCGGUGGAAAGCUGGCUAAAAAUGAAGGGGGCUGAACUCAUCAGGCUUGUACUGUAGCCCGUAAUAUAAACAAGGAUUAUUUCAAACUGUGAGUCAUGCAAAGCUACUCUAGCAGAACCAGAGAAUACAAGUGUGGCUCAUUAUAGGAAAGUAGCAUAAUAAAUAGGUCCCCUUUUAAAUUUGCCUUUUAUCAGUGCUGAUGAAGACCUUCAAAGGCUCUGGAUGGAGUGAGUAAACAGGCAGGUUUUCUUACCGCACACCGAGCAUGAUGAAAUUUGAAAAAACGUGCAGAUAUAUGCCUGCAGCAUCUUGUUAUUUAACUAUCAAAUGGAGAUAUUUACAGAGAUGCAGAAUAAUUUAUAAUUUACUCCCAUUCAGAUGAAAAUAGCAGGGGAAAAAAAGAUCAUGAUGUUCAUCAUUUUACCCCCAAAUUGACAGGUUAAUGAUGUGCAACACACCAUAUGGCAGCAUCGCACCAAUCAGAUCAUCUAACUUGUUCAUUCAUAUUAAUCUGAUCUCUCAGCCCUGAAACCUGAUGGGAUUUUGGGGGGUGGAGGCGUAAACACGAGUUCAGAAAUGGGCUGUCAUUAUGAACACGUGUACACACAGCUGAAUUAAAACGGUGGCAUCAAAGGCCCACGAUAGGCGGGCUUGUUGCUCGAGAGAGAGCCAUAUGAAUACUUAUGAGGACUUUUUUUGUUUUGUUUUUUGUUUUCUUGUCACAUGGAGCGGCAGCGGCUGGUCUGGCUUUUGUUCUCUGUCGUGUUUACUUCGCUGCUGCCUAUUAAAGGGCUGAGCUGUGAUUUAUGAGCCGAGUAAAACAAGACAGCAUUAUUCUACUUACGGACGAUAUAAACAUCAACUCUUAUGAGCUAUGAGGGACCCUCUGUGUGUGUGCGUGUGUGUGUUGCACUUUGGGCUGUCACCGCUCCUGAACGGUGACAGCUUUAACAGCAGUUCACGUGUUGACAGUUUUAUGAGGACCCCUCGUUUGUGUAAGCUGAUCCUUAGCCAGAUCAAUAUUUCAUACGUGACGACGCUUGUUUUUGUGACAAGAGGCUGACACUUAAUAUACCCUGUAUCAUCCACCUAUGAGGUCAAUAUAUGCUACAGUACAGUAUAUCUAAGCUACAGUAUCGGUGUGUAUCAGUAUAUUGAUGUGAUAUCUCUAACUAUAAUACGAUCAAAAUUCCUACUUUUUUUUUAUUUAAAGUGACAGGCUGUGCCUUUGGUCAGGUGGCCUCCCCUCCCCGGCCCCCACCUCAGCUCUGUCUGCAGACGUGCCACCCACCCACGUCUAGUGGGCGAUAAUGCGCGUGAGCCCACGGUGCUGUUAUCUGCCCCUGCGCCCUGCAGUUCGCAUCACAGACCCCCCAGUGUUCUGCAAGGCUAACAGCAGGUGGCGCUCUGCUGAGACUGGGGAACAAGUGUGUUUGCAGUGUCAGAGCCUUCCAACUCUCUGGCCUGGUUUUUAUGGCUGCUGUGCUAAGUGGCAGGAUUUUUUUGGGUGUGUGUCUUUGCCUCUUUUUAGCUGCCACUGCAGCAGCAGGGGGCAGCGUUGUUGUUCUUGUUGUCGAUUUAAAAGGGUAGGGGCCCUCUUCUCGAGUCCGUCCUUCAUUCAUUCAGGAAUGUGAAUAAGGAGGAGGAGGGUGGAAGGAUGGGUGAAAUGGCUUUGGGAAACGCUCAGAAAUCCUGAGUGUGUGUUUCCAGGAGCUGCUCCCCCCUCUCGACCACCACCUCUCAUUUCUGGUGGUUACCUUUUGGAGGAGUCUUGAAUGUGCCUUGAUGAGUGUGGAGUUUCUAGAUCGGACCUCAAGCCGUCGCAGCGUUGUGCUCUGAGAAACUCUGGAGGAAUGUUUCUGGUGCUGGCUAGUCUGAGUUCUCCUGCGAGUCGUGUUCAGAGGCCUCUUUAGCCCCGUCUCAGUCCCAGAAAGAAAGAUGUUGCAAGAUAUCUGCGAGUGACUUUUCUACUCUUUGCUGUAAACUUAUUUUUUUGAUCCAAACCUGAUGAUGAUAAUGAUGAUGAUACUGUGUUUCCAAUGUGUUUUUUGUUUAGUUUUUUUUCCUUCUCUUUGCUUUCCCAAACAUGAACCCUCUCUCCCCUUUGUGUAAGGGCUUGUAGAUAAAUAUAUGUUGACAUGAAGAAGAAUCGCUGUCGUGGUGCAAUCUCGAUAUGUUUGGGAAAUCAAGGAAGCCUCGUUUUCAGCAAACGGCAUGUGAAACAGUCGGUGAGAUGAUCCAUUUUUAGCGCUGAGCUGCUAAGCGGCUUCCACGGGAAAACCUCAACGGGCAUCGCUCGGGUUCGGCGUGAAGGUGAGGCGAUCAGGCAGAGAGAAGAAAUUCACUUUCCGUCAGCCGGAAUUCUAUCAUUGGAUUUUUAAUCAUUCGGAAUAUUAAUUCGCUAAACAGUCGAGACGGCGCUCAGUCUUUGUUUUCAGGGUAUUUGUGCCGCAGCUUCCUCAGUUUGAACUCGAAUAUGCAACAGAGAGCUCGGCCCUCUCUCCAAACUGGAUCACCUCACUGGCUGUUUUAUUUUGAUUACAAUCAUGUAGACCUCAAGAACUCAAUGACUGUCGCACUGGAUUUUUACACUCCUUUUUCAAACAUUCUAUAUAUAUAUAUAUAUAUAUAUCUCUAUAUAUAAAUAUAUAUAUAUACACUGCUCUGGUCUAACUGUAUUUUUAAUACUGCAUGUGCAUGCAAAUAAGGAAAUUAUGGGAAAACAUGACUUUAUAUAAAUGUGCUCUACUUGUGCUGUGGCGUCCAGGACGGGGACUCGAGAGCAGCCGGUGCAAUCUCAGUUUUCUUUUAGCUAAAACGUCACAGUUUUGCUUAAAAAUAAAAUCCCCCGAUUUUGUUUGCAAAUCUCUUUAAAAGUACCCGAUUCCUCAGCUGGUUGGAUGCCGGCGUGAGGACGAAUUCUUUGUCGUCCCUCCUCCUGCAUGCACCACCCUCGGGAAGCUGGAUUGAAAAGACACUCAAGGCUUCGCAAAGGCCGAUGUUUCCCAUGUGUGGACAUCAGUCACAGGAGGCUUGAAUCAUGUGGUACUUGUCAAACUUUGAAUCAACUGUUUACACCACACACGGUACAAAAUGAUUUGAGAGGUCUAACCGCGAGUUCGCUAAAACACGGUGAUUAUUUAAAACAACAUUUCCCCGAUUUUAAGAUGUUUAAGUAACUUUGCAAAGGGGACUUUGUUUGGCAGCGGCCGCUCUCCACCCUGACGUGGUCGCCACGGUCUGUUGCGUUUUUCUAUCCUUUUGAAGCCUCUAAAUGUAAAUGUUUGAUAUGUGUUUCCAGACUGUAAACUAGAUGCAACACAUUUUCUUGCUCCAGAGUCUGUUCAGUGCAUUAGGUGCCACAGCUGGGCUGUAAAAUCUCAAACAGUUCCUCAUCUGUUACCACCGGCGACCGCGGCUGGGAGAUGUUUCUUCUACGCCGAGGUGCUUAGGGUGUCAUUUUCUGAACGGGGUCGGUUCUGCUUUUGAUUCAGCUGCCAGGCGUCGAGCAAACUUUAAGCAGCGAAGGCGUUUUGAGAAAUCUUUGCUCUGUUGAAGCUAGGAAGUGAAAGUAUAUGAAGGUAAUGUCAGCAACGCCGAUAUCCGGAAGUGUCCAAUGGCGCGGCGCUCAACACUGCAGACACUUUGUGUCCUUGUGGUUGAAAUGUUUGCAAGUCCAGUACGUGUACUAUGGAGCAGUCCCAGCAGCAGCUGGCACAUGCCAGAACUCCAGGAGCGGCACACUAUUGUCCACUUUUUGGCUCUCGGCUUCUGUCUGUGACACAGAGACUGGGAGAAACGGAGGAGGCUGAGUUGGUGUGCAUCAAAGUCCACCUCCAGUGCAUUUUAAUCUUAAAUUAAAUGACCCAUUUGUUUGUUUGAGCUGCACAAAAACCAAAGCAUAAAAAGCAAUAAUUUGCCAGUGUCAGCAGGGUUGUGGCCCAGACUGUUUCUUAGUUCUAAGUUUUGUAUUUCAACCCAAACCACAAUCAGUUUUGUUGCCUGACUGUAACCAAACUGAAAAGAAAAGCAAUUAUGAUGCUACAAGCUCUCCCACCAGCACCGCAGAAAGCAACAAGUCUGGGUGAAGAAAUGCUCCACCGCACCAUUAAACAGGUGGAUGCCAUUUAUAGAUAAAUUCAGUCACUGCAAAACAGAACAGUCACACUAGAGAAAACAGUGGGUGGAGAGCGCAGGGUGACCAAAAUUAUUGCAGCCGUGUGCAAAGAACCUGCGAUCUCAUUGACUUCGAAAAGCUUGCAUCAAUGACGAGGACCAUGUCUUCAAUGUGACUUUGGUGCAUGAAGAUUGCGAUAAAACUGAAACAAUCUGAGAUUGAACAGGGCCAAGUUCGCUAAGUUACAUCCAAUCUGUGUUAAUGCAGCGAUUCACUGAUGAAGCAGCAAAUAUCACAAUUCUGUAAGUCCAGUCCGAACCUCACAGAUCUGAAACAUGAAGACAGAACAAUGAUUUAACUGCAAAAUGACAAAGGCGCUCAGUAACCUGUAAGUAGGAAUAUAGCCAAUGGGAACCAGUUCAGUCGAGACUCCGAAUGCAAAGAGACGCGUCAUGGAUGCAGACUGGCUCAGGUUGGGUGCAGCGUGCUAGAAAUCUGUCUGCGUUUCUGAAUUAAGCAGGGACUUCGCUUGGAUCCACUCGAGUCCCUGUGAGGUAAAUUUAAUCAUCAGCUGUUAGUACAGACAUCUGAGUGCCUGCUUGAGUUUUGUGACCGAUCAGAGUUUACAUGACAAAGCACCAUCUAUGCACCCUGCCAAAGUGACGGACUUCAAGCAGAUGUCAGAUUGACUGCUCAAUCCUCGGGUCUCCAGUUUUUCCUUGUCUGCAGUGGAGUAUAAUCAAGACUUUACAUGACAGUUAUGUGCAAACCUUCCAAUCUGCCCACGAGUGGUUGGAGUCAGACUAAUUGUUUCACCUUGCGAUCAAAAGUGAUAUUGGUUGCCUCACCUUCUUGCAAUCAGGUGACGAAUUUGGAAAAAGUUCAGUGCAAUAACCCGGCGAUCAAAGGCUUUUUUUUUUUUUUUUUAACCUACUCACAAGGAGGUUACCAUGUCCUGUGUUUGCUCUAGUGUGACUGAGCCGUCAGAGGCGCUGCUGUGGCAGAGUGCACCGAGCUCCUUCUGUUUUUCCCAGUCUGGAGUUUAAGUUAAGCUGACAGGCUAACUUCUCCACAAGCUUCAGAGGUUUUCUCGACUCUCAUCAAGAAAACAAAUAAAGACUUUCUUGAUGAUCUAUUCCUUUGGCAUUUGGAUGCAAGCUGACUGAUUAAGAUACAGUUUUCAGAUGGAAAUCAGUUGAUCUUUGCAAGUACCACCUUAAACCAGACAAAAGGAUUUCCUCUGGUAUCUCCUCCAGUCAGCAUUAUGAGCCUGUAACACCCCCUCUGAUAUCUCAAACACCGUCAGCUCUGAGAGAAACACUAGUCUCCCAAAGUCUCUUCUUCCUUCUAUAUGUGCUGAAAAUAAGUCCUAGGAAGCCACUUAAAACUUCACGAUGAGCUCCAGUAUCGUUCUCGCAGGCCUCCUUCCGCCUGUGCCAUCAGGAGUAGCAGCAUUAUGUUCUCACGAAGCUGGCGUCUCGCAGCGAGGGGGGGAGUCUAAAGACGGGGAUGGGCGCUAUGCAGCCGAUGUAGGGAUUUAGCUCAGACCAGUUUGGGGAGGUACGAACUGUUUCCAAACUGGCGAUGCUCUCUGGUUUUCAUCCAUCGCUCAAGCAACCGCAUCAUUUAUAUCAGUCGGCAUCAUGUAUCAAGCAGGAUCUGUUAGGAUAAUAUGCAACCGUACACCAGCGACAACACAUUUGUCGCCUGUUUUUUGGGCCUCUGUCACUGCACGCAUUAAACAGUGAUGUAACACAACACAGACCUCUCUCAUCUCCACACACACGCAAGCAAGCAAACACAAUAUGAGUGAAAGAGGUGUGAAAGCCCACUGAGUGAGAUCAUGGGGGCAAUAUGUGGUCCUGCUGCUCAGCGUAUGUCCCCGUGGCUUCAGAUCUCAUCAUGUGACGAUGCGAAGAGCUUGCUCAUGUCUCACCGGGCCGCUGGUCCAAAAACACAGAUCCGCUAAGGAGUUAUCGGCAUCUGUGUGUGUGUGAGAGAGAGAGAUGAUGGAGUGUGUUUCCAAUGACCGCCCGAGGUAUGUCCCAUCUGCUCAAUGUAGCAUUUAUACCUCCUCCUGUUGUGUGUUUGUGUUGCGAAAGUGAGCACAAAAGCUUAUUCUGUGUGUGUCUGUGUGUGUGUUUGUACACCUCUACUCCCUACAAAGCCUGGUCAAGCCAUUCCUGCAACCAUAAAUGCACAUUUCAGUGUUCAAGCUGUCUUACCUCAUGAAUUUUCACCGCCCUACACACACACUUCUGCUCCUCACACCAGCCCAACGCCCGCCUGCGUGAUUCAUUACCACACACACUGGCAUCUGCGGAGCAUCACCUUCCAUCAGGCAACCAGUACGAGCUGUAACUCCGCGUUUACAGGACGCGGAGGCCUCUCUGAGUCAAGAGCGCAGACGAUGUUAGGUGUUAUCGGCUGAGCGCGUGAGGGAGGGGGCGGGGGGAGCUGCUGCUGUUUGUGCGUACGCGUGCGUCCGAGUCUUUGAAUAAUUGAUGAGGACGAUGAGAAACGGGGCACGCACGCAGGGCUCCCCAUCUGUGACCUUAGAUGAUAAGAAUCGCUGCUGUCCGUGGAAUCGGUAGCUUGCCUUUUACUGUGAGGGCGCCGGGGGGAGGGUGACGGAGGAGAAGAAGAAGGAGACAGACAUGGGUCAGUUUUACCCGAGACAAAGAGAUUUGUGCAACCGCAGGCUCUGGUUUUCAUGAAGGUGGACUCGGUUCUGCAUGUUUGCGCCACAACAGAAGGUCUCAGAUGUCCGUGGGGCCGAUCACAUGUGUCAGAGUGCAAAGAAGGAAGUGAUGAUAGGAACAUGCACUACGGUUUGAUGCUUGACUGGUGUCUGGGAAGUCAGAAAUGACCCCCCCCCCCUCUCUCUCUCUCUCUUUGCAGGGUAGGAAUAUGCUUAUUCACAUUAUCAUGAAGUUUGAAGAGAAGAUCGAUACCAGCUGCUUGUUUAUUAUAAAAUUAUAGAACAACGUGCCGCAACAAGUUGGCUUGCAGACGAGCUGGCUUUGGUGUCUGCAAGACUGACCUACCCACAUCCUCUAAACCAGGGGUGUCAAACAUAAGGCAUGGGGGCUAGAAUUGGCCGGCAAAGACUCCAAUCUGGGUGGCUUUGAAAAGGAGGAAAGAUGGCAUAAAUUUUGGACUUUUAACAGUGUUUUCAUACGUUUUACAGCUUCUUCCUUCCCCAUACUAUCAUAGUGUGAGCGAUGAGCUGCCCACUUUAUUAUUUAGUUAUAAUUUCUUUCAGUUUGAGCCCAAAGAGUCGCGCUGACAGAUUUCAUUUCACUUACUACAGUAGAAAAACUUUAUCGUGUGGAAAAACUGAUUUGCUCUGUAAAUGUUUGGUUAAACUUCUUCACAUUGACAGAAAGAUGUUGCGCUGUGUGCGGCCCACGAUGGAAAAUGAGUUUGACAUCCCUGCUCUAAACUAUUUAACUCAGAGGUUUUAAAAUAGUUUUUUUUUUUCUUUCAGUUGAAAAACUUUAACCAGUGCUGGGGAACACACAUUGCUUUGACUAGCUCCCACAAAACCCCACGGCAUAUUUCCCAUUUUGUGCUACACACAAGUGGGAAACGGGACCCUGGGAGCCCACAUAAUGACACAUACUAUAGGGUCCCCUGUGGUACGUGUCACUAAUGUCUCCCUUCAUAGCAGCGUAUUGAUCUUCUCGUUCAACUCUUAAGAAGAGAAAUCCAAAACGGCCCAAAUUGUUAUUUGGGAUUCCCGGAGGUUUGUUUUUUUUCUUCUGCCUGCUGGACCUUACACACACUAAGCCAUGUUUCGACUGAAUGUUCUCUUUCUGCACAUUUAAACCGGCCUGCUUCUUCAUAACUCGCACGACAACAACAGCUGUCAGUGUCACACACUGAGUCUACACGGGAUCCUUUGUGAACACAGCACACGACACAAAGCACUUGCAGUAAAGAUCUAUCACAAAAUGUGUACUCUAUUGCACCAGUGAUGUUAUUAUUAUUAUGGCAUUCUUUUCCACGAUAUUAUCAAACGACUUCUAUCGAUAUAUAUAUAUGAUUUUUCUCCGGUUGAGAAGAAUCGGUGCACACUGACUGUUAAAUCUCCUGUACCAUUUUGUUUUUUCUUAUCUGAUCUCUGUGUGUGUAGAAAACGCCAUCGUUCUUGUUGUAAAAUUGUGUUUACUGACAAAGUGCGUUCUGGUGCUGUUGUUGUUUGACUCGGUGUAGAGUUUAGACCUUCUCCAGAGCGAUCUGCGUGACUACACGUUUCUGCAGGCGUCUGGUUAUAACUGAAUAAAGAUUUUUUGGCAGCUGUUUGUUA